AUGUCGAGGCGCAAGCAGGCGAAACCCCAGCACAUCAACUCGGAGGAGGACCAGGGCGAGCAGCAGCCGCAGCAGCCGGCCGCCGAGUUCGCAGACGCGGCCCCAGCGGCGGGGGCGCCGGGUGAGUGCGGUGCGCCAAUGAACCACCCCGGGAAUGGCCAUGAAGCCAGCAGGGCUGGGAUGUCGGGAAAGAGGCCUCGCCGGGAGGAGACCCACAUCUGUGAGAAAUGCUGUGCUGAGUUCUUCAGCUUCUCCGAGUUCUUAGAACAUAAGAAAUCUUGCACUAAAAAUCCCCCUGUCCUCAUCAUGAAUGACAGCGAGGGGCCGGUGCCUUCGGAAGACUUCUCCGGGGUGCUGCUGGGCCACCCGCCGGACGGCCCCGGGGAGGAUGGCGGGGGCUCGGGGGACGCGAAGGAGAAGCCGGGCACCGAGCCCGUCGUGUUCCUAAAGGCGGAGACCGCGCCGCCGCCCGGGUCCCAGGACCUCAGCUAUUUACCCAAAGGCAAAGUGGCCAGCACGAACGUGACCCUGCAGGCGCUGCGGGGCACCAAGGUGGCGGUGAACCAGCGCGGCGCGGACGCGCCCCCGGGCCCCGUGCCCGGUGCCCACAGCCUCCCGUGGGUCCUCGAGCAGAUCCUGUGCCUCCAGCAGCAGCAGCUGCAGCAGAUCCAGCUCACCGAGCAGAUCCGCGUGCAGGUGAACCUGUGGGCCUCCCACGCCCUGCACUCCGGCGCGGCCGGAGCCGACGCCCUCAAGACCUUGGGCAGCCACAUGUCCCAGCAGGUGUCUGCGGCCGUGGCUUUGCUCAGCCAGAAAGCCGGAGGCCAGGGCCUGGCCCUGGACGCCCUGAAACAAGCCAAGCUACCUCACCCGAACGUCCCCGCCGCGAGCGGCGCCGGGUCCUCGGGGCUGGCGCCCUUCGCCCUGAAGCCCGACGGCACGAGGGUGCUGCCCAACGUGGUGUCGCGCCUCCCCGGCGCUCUGCUACCUCAGGCCCCCGGCUCUAUGCUCUUCCAGAGCCCUUUCUCCACCGUGGCGUUAGACCCGUCCAAGAAAGGGAAGGGGAAGCCACCGAACGUGUCCCCGGUGGAGGCCAAACCCAAAGACGAGGCCGUCCUCUGCAAGCACAAGUGUAAGUACUGUGGCAAGGUCUUUGGGACUGAUAGCUCCUUGCAGAUCCACCUCCGCUCCCAUACUGGAGAGAGGCCCUUCGCGUGCUCUGUCUGCGGCCACCGCUUCACCACCAAGGGCAACCUCAAGGUGCACUUUCAUCGACACCCCCAGGUGAAGGCGAACCCCCAACUGUUUGCCGAGUCCCAGGACAAAAUGGCAGCAGGCAAUGCCAUUCCCUAUGCACUCUCUGUCCCUGUCCCCGUAGAUGAGUCGAGUCUCUCCCUAGACAGCAAACCCGUCCUCCUGGCAGGGACCCCUGGUGUAGGGCUACCUCAGAAUCUCUCUUCGGGGACUAACCCCAAAGACCUCCUGGGCGGCCCCUUGCCCAGCGACCUGCAGCCCGGGCCUUCUCUGGAAAGUGAAGACGGAGCCCUGCUGUCUGGGGUGGGGCCAAACCACAGUUCCCCAAGGGUUAGUGGCUUCCAAGGGAGUGGGACCCCCGAGCCGGGAUCGGAGACCCUGAAACUGCAGCAGCUGGUGGAAAACAUUGACAAGGCCACCACUGACCCCAACGAAUGUCUCAUUUGCCACCGGGUCCUGAGCUGCCAGAGUUCGCUCAAGAUGCAUUACCGCACCCACACUGGGGAGAGGCCCUUCCAGUGCAAGAUCUGCGGCCGCGCCUUCUCCACCAAGGGCAACCUGAAGACGCACCUCGGGGUCCACCGAACCAACACGGCCGUGAAGACGCAGCACUCGUGCCCCAUCUGCCAGAAGAAGUUCACCAACGCGGUCCUGCUGCAGCAGCACAUCCGGAUGCAUAUGGGCGGCCAGAUUCCCAACACACCGCUGCCCGAGAGCCCCUGUGACUUCACGGGCCCCGAGCCGGUGGCAGUCAGCGAAAACGGUGGCGCAGGGGCCGUCUGCCGUGAUGACCUGAUCGAGAGCAUCGAUGUUGAUGAGGCUGGCUCCCAGAAUGCCCCCAGGAGCUCCCUGAAGGUCCCCGGGCCUCUGUCCAGCGUGCAGUCCGCGUCCCCCACUCUCGGGUUCGCCGGGUCGGCUUCCCUCGACGUCCCUGGGAAGGCGGGGCCCGCUCCCCUCGGCCUGCAGCGGCAGAGCAGCAGAGAGAACAGUUCGGUGGAGAGUGAUGGCCUGACCAACGACUCGUCCCCCUCGGUGAUGGGUGACCCGGAGUACCAGAGCCGAAGCCCAGAUGUCAUGGAGACCGCGUCCUUCCAGGCGCCGUCCCCAGCCAAUAGCCAGGCAGAGAGCAUCAAGUCCAGAUCUCCCGAGGCCACUGGCAGAGCAGACAGCGCCGAGAACAGCCGCGCUGAAAUGGAAGGUCGUAGCAGCCUGCCGUCAGCAUUUAUCCGCGCCCAGCCAGCCUAUGUCAAAGUCGAAGUCCCUGGCGCGUUUGUCGGACCCUCGACCUUGUCCCCGGGCAUGACGCCUUUGUUGGCCGCCGCCCAGCCACGCCGACAGGCUAAACAGCACGGCUGCACGCGGUGCGGGAAGAACUUCUCCUCGGCCAGCGCCCUUCAGAUUCACGAGCGGACUCACACCGGGGAGAAGCCCUUCGUGUGUAACAUAUGCGGGCGAGCUUUUACCACCAAGGGCAACCUGAAGGUCCACUACAUGACCCACGGAGCCAACAAUAGUUCUGCCCGCCGGGGCAGGAAGCUGGCCAUCGAGAACACCAUGGCUCUGUUAGGAACUGAUGGGAAGAGAGCCCCCGAGAUGUUUCCCAAGGAAAUCCUGGCCCCUUCGGUGAACGUGGACCCUGUCGUGUGGACCCAGUACACCACCAUGCUCAAUGGGGGUCUGGCCAUGAAGACCAAUGAAAUCUCCGUGAUCCAGGGUGGCGGCAUCCCUUCCCUCCCGGUCUCCCUGGGGGCGAGCUCCAUUGCCAACACCACCACAGUCUCCAAGAUGGACGGCUCCCAGUCCACGAUCAGUGCCGAAGUGGAAAAACCGGGCACCGCUGAGAACGUCCCCAAACACCAGUUCCCUCACUUCCUGGAGGAAAACAAGAUCGCCGUCAGCUAA